CAGGAUUUCAGAGUUGAGCACAGGAAACUGACUCAAGAGAUUGAAAGUUUGAAGAUGAGACUGGAGGAGGAGUCUAAGCAUGCCAUCAGAAUGAGCAAAGAAGUGGAGAAUUGGAAACAAGAAUACCUCAUCACAAAACAACAGCUUCACACUCAUGAGGAGGUUAUUGACCAGGAAAAAAAGCUAGAUUCACAGCUCCAGCAUCUUAAAGAGGAGAUCCAGAAAGAGGUCAAUGAGGGAUUACGCACCCUGGAGAUAUCCCGUUUAGAAGUUCUUGAUGAACUCCAAGAAGUCCAUCACCAGAAGGCAGAGAUCAACAAGAAAUUAACAUCAUUCAAACAGGUAAAAAUAUCAGAGUUUAAUUCACAAAAUGAGAAUAGUAAACAUAAACAUACUGAUUUGGAGUUCCAGUUGCAACAAGAGCAGGAUUUACUGAAGCUGAGACUUGAGCAACAGAUGUCUCGUCAAUCCGAGGUUUUGGCGGGAAUCAAAGAGAAAUCAGAAUCAACCAUUCUGUCAAUACGUCAUAAGCUGAACCACCUAGAAGAUCUGGUCAGUAGUACUUCCUCUAAUACACAGAAUCUGAGAAUAAGUCAUAGCAUUGUCCAGAGAAGCAAUGUAACCAGGAGCAUAGACCUACUCCCACUCGGGAGAGAAUUACAUGUAGAUGAUGGUCAAGAAAUGGAGAAUAGUCAUAUGGAUCCUGACUGGAAGAAUCAUGAACAACCUUUGCAAGAUCAUUAUGAAAGACAUUUUUCAUCAAAGACUGGACAGUUCGAAUCGCAAACUGGAAGCAGUGAUGGUAGCCAUGAAAGAAGACAAGGUGUGUUCGAUGAGGGCGCCCUUUCUAUAAAUGAUCUAGGAACACAAGAAGCCAACUUGCAGAGGCUUCACUCUGCUGGAGGUGUUCUUGAAGGAAAUGGUGCUGCCAGAAAUAAAAGUGGUCAAUUAAAAGGAAUCUUGAAGAUAUCCACAGAGGAAGGUACUCUACAAGAACAUAAAAAAAGAGAGGGGAGUAUUUCUGAUCUCCAUGGUCAGAGGAGAAAGUACCAAGAAGUGACAGGAUCUGAGAGUGAGGUAUGUGAAUGUUUUAUAUAUCUUUAGAUAAGAUUUAAAGUAAAU